AUGGCUAGAGCAGUUGAUGAGCAACGAAAAGUUUUGGACCAGUUGAUGGGCCAAGAAGGUAUUAGAUCUGGUGAAAGAAGAAGGUACCAUAAGAGCAACUAUAACCAUAAUGAUAUUGAGUUGCAGGAUGCAAGAGUAUGCAAGGCGUAUUUAGUUGGCGAAUGUCCAUUUGAUCUGUUUAUUGGAACUAAACAAAGCAUGGGAAACUGUCCUCAAUUGCACUUAACAAAGCAUAAAUUACAAUAUGAAGCAUUGAAGAAGGAGGGGAAGGAAUUUCUUGAAUUUGAAAGGGAGUAUUUUGUCGUACUAUCCAAGUUUGUUAAUGAUUGUAAUGGUUUGAUCCAAUCAGCAUUAAAGAACCUGGAACAUACCGUGGAGGAAAAAGAGAGAAUUAAACAGGUUACAGAAGAGUUGGAUAUAUUAGACUCGAAGAUUGGACUUAUGGACCAAGAAAUAGAGUGCUUGAUGCAUACGAACGAGGUGACCAAAGCCAUGGCACAGUCAGUUAAACUAGAAGAAUUCAGAAAGCAGAGAAAGCUAUUGGCUGCGAAAGUGAGGAGUAUUACAGAAAAUGUUGGUCAAAUGGCGCAACAGAAGUUACAAGUUUGCGAAGUGUGUGGUGCAUAUUUAUCAAGACUGGAUACAGAUAGAAGAUUAGCUGAUCACUUUUUGGGUAAAAUACAUAUCGGAUAUCUAAAGAUGAGAGAACAAUUGGACAUCCUAAAGCAAAAACAGAAAUACAGGCUACGAUAA